CUUACUUAUUAGUGACAUUGCCCACCAGUUUAUCUUCCCAUGUCCCUUUCUUUUUUUCUCGUUCUCAUUUAUCCUCUUUGUCAAUGCAUUUAGGAUAAAAACACAUUUUAUAAUUCAAAUCUUAUACCCAGCAAUAAUGGAAUCGGAAGAGCCACUGCUUGAAGAAAACAGGGAAUGCAAAAGCGUAUUGAGUACAUGGGGUGCGUUUGCAAAAGAGCUGAAUCGGGUGAGUAACCUAGCAUUUCCGAUGAUGGUGGUGACACUUUCUCAGUACAUGUUGCGGGUUGUGGCGAUGAUGAUGUUGGGACAUCUUGGGGAACUUGAAUUAUCAAGCGCUUCAAUUGCUACUUCUUUUACUAAUGUAACUGGAUUCAGCGUCAUUUUUGGCAUGGCUUGUGCUUUGGAGACUCUGUGUGGACAGGCAUACGGAGCAGAGCAAUAUAUCAGAGUUGGAACUUUUACUUAUGGUUCUAUAAUAUGUCUCUUACUGGUGUGUUUACCAAUAUCUGUAUUAUGGAUAUAUACGGACAAGCUGUUAAUAUUGAUUGGCCAAGACCCUUUAAUCUCAGCCGAAGCUGGCAAAUUCUCAAUGUGGCUCAUCCCUUCACUGUUUCCUUAUGCUAUUCUUCAGUCUCUGGUUCGCUACUUGCAGACUCAGAGUUUGAUUCUUCCAAUGUUAUGGAGUUCACUAGCAUCUCUAUGCUUCCAUUUACCACUUUGCUGGGCUCUAAUAUUGAAGUUGAAGCUAGGAAAUGCUGGAGCAUCCCUUUCUAUUUGUUUAUCGUAUGUGUUGAAUGUGAUUUUACUUGGUCUUUAUGUGAAAUAUUCUUCAGUGUGUAAGAAAACCCAUGCUUCAUUCUCAAAGGAUGUUUUCUUGACUAUGAGGGAAUUCUUCCAAUACGCAAUCCCUUCUGCUGUGAUGGUUUGUUUGGAGUGGUGGUCAUUUGAGGUAGUGAUACUGCUUGGUGGACUGUUGCCAAAUCCAGAGCUGGAGACAUCUGUGCUGUCAGUAUGCUUGACAAUUACUUCAUUGCACUAUCUGGUGCAGUAUUCUAUUGGUGCUGCUGCAAGUACUCGUGUAUCGAAUGAACUUGGAGCGGGGAAACCAGGGGCAGCUCGGGUUGCUGUCCUUGCCGUGCUGGUUCUGUCAGUCUCAGAGUUCGUUAUAGCAAGCACCAUUAUAUUCUUUUGCCGUUAUAUAUUGGGAUAUGCAUUUAGCAACGAAAUGGAUGUCGUGAAUUACGUCAAAGACAUGACUCCUUUUUUUUGCGUCUCCAUCAUCAUGGAUAGCCUACAAGCAGUUCUUUCUGGAGUAGCUAGAGGUUGCGGGUGGCAGCAUAUUGGGGCCUACGUCAAUCUUGGAGCAUAUUACAUUGUUGGAAUUCCCGUGGCGUUACUCCUAGGUUUUGUUUUGCACUUUAAAGGGGAAGGUCUUUGGAGCGGAUUGGUAGCUGGUGCAACAGUGCAAUCUCUCUUGCUUGCUCUUAUAACAUGUCUCACAAAUUGGGAAAAACAGGCAACGGAAGCGAGAGGGAGAAUAUUUGACGGAAAAAUUCCAACUCAUGACGAACUCAUAUGAGAGAAUGACGAACCUAGAGAAUCAUGAUUUCCUUAUAGAAUAGUAUUUCAGGGAGCAUUACAUUUAUAUUAGGAAGAUCCUUCGAAUAACCAUUGUUGAUCAAAGUGUCAAGAAUUUUGGACCAGAGACUCUGCACACGGAGAAUUGCAAGCUCGAUAGGUGAAGCAUCGCUUUGCAAACGAGACAUACCAAGUGGACAUUGUUUUCUUGAUUCAAACGCGUCCUAACAAAAAAUACGGAUGUGCCUCAGUAUAAUUUCUUCUUGCAGUAUCCUAUAUAACUUGAUUGCAAGAUCACUCAAGUAUUCAUAACAAAAUGGGGAUAUGUAUUAAACAUCGUUGCAUGAUUCAUUUUUAUCUCCCAUACUGUUGAUAUUCUUGUGCUUACUGAUA